AAACCGAUAUAGAUAAGUACUAUUGAUGAUUAAAGGCACUGCAUGCAUAACUAACCAGACCAGCCGCAACAAUAUAGGGAUGGGUACCCAAGAACAACUACGCUUAAUAUGAUCAGCGAAAAUUCCUCUUGGGAUAACUCGCCGGAUCGAUAGUCUUCUGGAAAAGCAAACACGAAGUUGCAUAUCUCGUAGGGACCUUAGUUACACCAGAAGCUUCUAACAUACAGGUGGAUGUCUUAGAUACAGGUGGAUGUGUUCCAGUGUAUCGCCGUUUGGAUAAGCAUCACAAUGUGUUUGUCCCGAGUAAUAUUUUUGUUGGCGGGCCUGCUACCCGUGACCCUACAAGCCGGGUGUAAGGUCGACCAACACAGGAGCGAGACGUUGGACAUGAAGUCUUUGAAGUCCGGAGUGUUGUCCUCCGUGUACAGGUGCUCCCACAUGUGUUGGUACUUGAGGGAGUGCAGGUCCGUCAGCAUGGACAUCGGCUCCAACAAGUGCGACAUGAAGACCGAGACCGGCACCACCGCCCCAUCAAAUGUCCGGCCCAGGAUGAAAAGUCUGCGAGCUGAUGUAGAAUCUGAGCCAUGCCAGAAUACCAAGCAUGCCUGCGCCAGUCAACCAUGUGCCCCGAAUGAGAUCUGUAUCCCGGUGAAGGCAGCGACCGCACACAUAUGUCUACCAGCAUUUAAGGUGGACGGGGGUUUCACCAACUGGACAGUGACGGACGAAGGGACUUGUCCAGUAGAAUGCGGGGGCGGUAUACUGACAGUGAUUAAAAACAGAACGUGCACUGAUCCAAGCCCAUACAAUGGCGGACUACCCUGCUCCGGGCCCCUCUCUACAACGGAAACGUACACCUGCAAUACACAUCGAUGUCCAGUGAAUGGCGGAUGGUCUCCGUGGGUGGUGAACACUAUCGGCACGUGCACUCGCUCGUGCGGAGGAGGUACCCGGUUUGUCACCUCAAGACGGAAAUGUAACAAGCCGAAACCAAGGUUUAACGGUACAGAUUGCUCUGGUGAUGUGAAGGAGGUAGAUGAAGAGGCAUGUAAUCCCCAGGCCUGCACACCUAAUACCGAUGGCGGAUGGACAGACUGGGCGGUGGUUGAAGAGGGCGACUGCUCCGUCACGUGCGGGGGCGGGUCACAGGUCAAUAAGAAGGAACGCUACUGUGACAGUCCAGUGCCUGUCGGCACUGGGCAAUCAUGUUUGCAAAGUGAUGGUACUCGUUCAUUCCUGGAGAAGGGGCAGGAUACACUGAGCUGUAACAACGAGGCAUGUCCAGUCGACGGAGGAUGGAGCACAUGGGCGGACGCGGACAUAGAUGGAUGUUCCGACACCUGUGGGGGUGGGACUAAAAUACGGACUCGUCAGCGGGAAUGUACAAACCCAGCGCCCUCUGGCGGUGGCGAGUUCUGUCAAGGGGACGCAACUCUAACUGAUGAACUGACGUGCAACACACUCGACUGUCCAGUGGACGGUGGGUGGACAAACUGGACAGUUACGUCAGUCAGUAGAUGCACUCAGUCUUGUGGGGGAGGUCAACGGCAAGUCGUGUCUCAAAGGUCAUGCACUGACCCGGAACCUGCUUUCGGUGGUGAACCAUGCGAAGGCGACCAGUCGGAGACCGUCACGGAAGCAUGCAACGGCCAUGAAUGUGCAGCCGAUCCUGUUGCCGGUGGCUGGAGCUACUGGGUGUGGCGUUCAAGCACCUGCUCUAAAACAUGUGGCUAUGGGACCAUCACGCGGACAAGGGAGAGAACUUGUGACAACCCAGAACCUGCCCACGGCGGAGCCACCUGUCCAGGAAGUGACACUUCCGAUUACACUUACAAGUGCAAUUCAUUCACAUGCCCAGUUGACGGCGGCUGGAGUCAGUGGUACGUCCGAUGGACGGGGAGAUGUUCUACAACGUGUGGGGGUGGGGUGAAGCGUCAGUACAGCUACCGCUGGUGCAACAACCCCCGACGCUCAUACGGUGGCGCCUACUGUUCAGGAUCCCCGUCCAAGACGGAGGAAGUUCCGUGCAAUCAACAGGGCUGUCCAGUAAGCGGAGCUUGGACCGCCUGGCUCGAGACGUCAUAUGGCACGUGCAGCGUCAGCUGUGGAGGAGGUCAGCGUGAGGAGAUUUCAGAGCGAGGCUGCAAAGACCCCGCCCCUGCAUACGGAGGUUCAAACUGCGUGGGGUCAACGGUCAAAUACGAAACUAAAACGUGCAACACACAUGAUUGUUCCGCGCCUAUCAAUGGUGGCUGGGCAUCGUGGGAGUCUGACUCUGUACUGACGUGUUCGGUGACCUGCGGGGCCGGGACAACAAACAGAGUCCGGUCGAGAACCUGUUCCAACCCAGCGCCUGCUAAUGGCGGGAGCAAGUGCCCCGGAUCCGAUAAAGACACCGAUCCGGAAAACUGCAACGAAGGGGCGUGUCCAGUUGAUGGAAACUGGGGCAACUGGGGUAGCCCUAGCAACGGUGACUGCUCUGUGACGUGUGGCGGAGGCAAGAGGACGUCAACACGGACGAGAACGUGCAGCAACCCCGCCCCUAGCGUAGGGGGAGCUCUGUGCGGUGGCUCCCCCAAAGAGGUACAGGAUCUGUCUUGCAAUACUCAAACCUGUCCAGUGGACGGGAACUGGGGCACGUGGACGACGACAUCGACCGACCCCUGCACCGUGUCAUGUGGAGGUGGUACUAAAACACGCCGCUCAAUCAGACAAUGUAAUAACCCCUCACCCGUCGGGACGGGGGCCACCUGCCCUGGGGUCAGCUACCAAACGGAAGAUGUGGCGUGUAAUCCUGAUAACUGCCCAGUGGACGGAGAAUGGUCCGCUUGGACGGUGUCUAACCAAGAAUCCUGUUCCAAAAGCUGCGGCUCUUCAGGAGUACGCACAACCAUAUAUAAGAGGACAUGUAGCGACCCUGCGCCUGCUUAUGGCGGGAUUGACUGUACAACCAUCCUUCCGGGAACCACUAAAUUCAAUGUGUCUUUUUGCAACCGAGUCGCAUGCACAGUGCGAGUGGACGGUAACUGGAGUCCAUGGGUGGUCAGUGCCACGACGGCUUGUACGGCGACCUGUGGGGGAGGGGUUGAGACCGUUACGUCAGCGAGGACAUGCACCGACCCCGCCCCCGCAAACGGCGGCGACACGUGUUCUGGGGAUGGAACCUCCACGGAGGAUAUUGCGUGCAACGAACAAGUCUGUCCAGUUGACGGCGGGUGGAGCAACUGGCAAGUCACCAGUAGGGGGAGCUGUUCAGUGACCUGUGGGGACGGAACUCAGCCCAUCAGCAAAGAAAGGGCGUGCAACAACCCUCUCCCAUCAAAUGGUGGAGCUCAAUGCGCAGGACAGGAAACCAAAACUACGACCGGAAACUGUAACGAUGGAUCAUGCCCAGUGGACGGGGGUUGGUCGGCGUGGACGGAGGAUGACCGCCAGCAGUGUACCAAAACGUGCGGAGGGGGGUCACAGACAGUAGAGUACAUCCGGGCGUGUACUAACCCCGCCCCUCAACAUGGCGGUGCCCAGUGCAGUGGAGGGAGUACCCGGGAAGAAACAAUCGACUGCAAUACUGCCGACUGUCCACUGAAAUGCCCGGGAGGCUUCACGAAGGUGGAAGAGCAUAACAUGUGCUACAAGUAUGAAUCUAAGAAACGAAACUGGGAGGACGCAAGAGACCACUGCAAGGGCCAUGAUGCGGACCUUGUCAUAUAUAAGACGGAUGCUAUGAACAAAUUUUUUGAGGGUGUCAUUCGAGAUAUAAUAGGCAAAAAAAACAUCGACGUAUACCUUGGUGGGCGUGACAGGAAUAAAAAUAGCAAAUGGUUCUGGUUGGAUGCUGAACCGGUCAAAGGCUUUUCAAAAUCGGGAAAUCAAAACUGUCUGAAAUUUGAUGACUGGAUUCUGGAUGAUGAAGACUGUUCCGACAAACAUCCGUCUAUUUGUCAAACAUUUGCUUAAUGUGAUCCGUCUAUUUGUCAAACAUUUGCUUAAUGUGAUCCGUCUAUUUGUCAAACAUUUGCUUAAUGUGAUCCGUCUAUAUAUCAAGUAUUUAAUUAAUUUUAUGUGUCUAUUUGUCAAACAUUUGCUUCAUUUUAGGUAUCUGUUUGUCAAACACUUGCAAAUUGUGAUCUGUCUAUUUGUCUAACAUUUCUGCAUUGUGAUCCGUCGAUUUGUCAAACACACGAUUCAUGUAGUUCGUCUGUUUGUCAAACAUUUGCUUUGUGAUCCGUGUGUCAAAUAUGUGCUGCAUGAGAGACGUAAUUAUAGGAGCACUUAUCAUGUUGUAAGAAUAUUAGUGUUUUCAUGUGUGUUGGAUGUACUGGAAACUGUAAAAGCACAUAUAGUUUUGUCAUAUUUUGUUUAAGUGUGUUACUAUAUGUUUAGAUUAGUGUGUGUCUACGCAAUUAUAAAAGUACUUCGCAUAUUGAAAGUUACUGUUUUACUGUAUAUUCAGAUUGACGUAAAUGUGUUACUGUAUACAUGUUUACAUAGUUUGUUUUGUUUCUUUGUUUGUUGUUUAACGCUGCACCCAGCAAUAUUCUAGCUAUAUGACAGCGGUCUGUAGGAUUGGUUGGUUUGUUG